CUGAGAGAAGCUACUCUUUCUGGCUUUCUGUUACUCGCUGUCACUUUCUCAUGUGAGAUUUUAGAAUGAGCACCUCCUAUGAUCCAUAUAAGAUGUUGGAGUUUAUUCUAGAGGACAUCCUUUCUGCAAUCAAACCUUCACAAGAGGACUGGUUGGCACGAUUUCAUGUCAUUAAUGAAUUCCGAGCUGUGGUUGAAUCUGUGGAAAGUCUGCGAGGUGCCACUGUUGAGCCAUUCGGUUCAUUUGUUUCUCGUCUGUACUCAAAAUGGAGUGACUUGGAUAUCUCUGUUGAGGUUCCCAGUGAAUCAUCUGUUCCCAAUUUUGGGAAAAGACGUAAGUUGAACUUGCUAAAGGAUAUACGGCAAGCAUUGAAGAAAAGAGGUGAUGCUCAUAAUUUGCAAUUUAUUCCCAAUGCAAGAGUUCCCCUACUUAUAUACGAGAGAAACCACAACCACCAGAAUAUCUCCUGUGAUAUCUCAAUCAAUAAUCUGCAGGGCGAAAUCAAGUCUAAAUUCUUGCUUUGGAUCACUCGGAUAGAUGAUCGCUUUCAUGAUAUGGUUUUACUGGUCAAGGAAUGGGCCAAAGCACAGAAUAUAAAUGACCCAAAGACUGGAACUUUGAACUCAUACUCCUUAUGUUUGCUUGUUAUCUUCCAUCUUCAGACAUGUGUACCUGCAAUUUUACCACCACUGAUGGAAAUAUAUGCAGGGAAUCUUGUUGAUGAUUUUACAGGUGAGAGCAUCACUACAGAGAGACGUAUACAAGAUACAUGUGAUGCAAAUAUAGAAAGGUUUAGUUCACGGAGCCUCCGAAGAGUUGUUAAUAGAAGUUCACUGUCUGAGCUUUUUGUUACAUUCUUUGAGAAGUUUUCUAGAAUCAACUCAAUGGCAUCAGAGUAUGCAAUUUGUACGUAUACAGGACGUUGGGAGCACAAAAGGAACAAUAGUAAAUGGAUGGAAAAAAAAUCCCCCCUUCUAAUUGAGGAUCCAUUUGAGCAGUCAGAUAAUGCAGCCAGGGCUGUUAGCAUGAUUCAGCUAACCAAGAUUUCCGAUGCAUUUGAAGUAACCCACCACAGGCUGAUCUCAGCCAAUCAUGACAAAAGUUCUUUGAUUGCAAGUUUGAUCAGACCCCAAAUCAGAUCAAAAUUAAUUGAAAGGACAUCCCAAGAAAAUUCAAGUUCGCGGAGGGGACAUUACUUGGGAUCUCAUCCACCAAGAGCCGCUGCAGUGCCAUCACCGAGCCUUAAUCAGUUCCAGAACAAUCCACAGGAGGCCCGCCCUUCCAUCAUUUUACCACAUAAUCAGUUCCAGGUAAAGCCACAGGAGGCCCAUCCUUCCAGCAUUGCUGCCCAGAGAACCAGGCAGGCAUUUCGCGGCCAAGGCAGGAUGGAGUGGAGGCCAAGAGGGACCACAGAUAAUGGAUUUUAAAUAAGAUUCUGGUCAUCUGGCCUUGGAGGAAAGCUGGAUGUGCCUUCUGUGUCGGCUAUCUGCUUGCAUAGUUUGAAGUCCACACUCGCAGAUAAAGCUGUAUGCCUUUGGCAGUGGAUGGAGUUUCUCUCCUUUUGGUGUCAAGGUGCUCCGCGAGACCAUUUUGAACCAUCUGGAGGAUAGGAUUUUGGUUGUGUUUGACAAUGCUAAUUUCAGUCUCAUUGCUGAUACUGUUGUUUGGCGAGGGUUGAUAUCUCAUCUUUGGAUAUGAUAUGGGCACAAGUUUAAUGCAUGCUUUGACUUGUUAUGCAAUCCUAAUUAUGUAUUAUAUCAUCUAUAUGUUUGGUGUUGCCUUUCGUUUCAAAAUGAAGUUAGUUUUCAUUCAUUUAUCAAACUGGUAUAUACAUUAGUAAU